UCUGCUUCCAUUGGCAAAGCCUUUGUGGUUUUUUUGUUACUAAUAAAGUUUUGCUUGUUUAAAGAGAAAUGUCUGUCUUGGGCAUGCGCACUGCACUGCUGUAGCACACGUGUUAGCGGCAAGAUGGCGGAAACCGGGGGACACGAGUUGGAUAGUGCGCAGGUAAAGAAAGCAGUGCAGGCCCUUCUGGCAUAUCAGAAAAAUAAAGGCGAUGCCAAUUCUUUACUCUUGAAUGAGCACGACCGUAUAUCUAUGAUGUUAACAGUGUGGCGAAUUCCCCCACGUGAACAAGCUAUCAGAAUCCCCCUUCCUCAUGCCAUACGACCUGAAGUGUGUGAUGUUUGCCUUUUUACAAGAGAUGAGCCUAACAUGACAUCUGAACAGACUGAGAAGUUCUACAAAAAAUUACUUGCUCAGCAUGGAAUAAAACAAAUAAAUGAGGUCAUUGCUCUCAAAAGACUGAAAAAGGAAUAUAAACCUUAUGAAGCAAAGCGUCGUUUGCUGGCCAGUUUUGAUCUGUUCCUUUCUGAUGCCAGGAUCCGCCGAUUCUUGCCGUCCCUCCUGGGGAAACAUUUUUACAAAGCUAAAAGGGAACCCCAGUCUGUUAACUUGAAAUCAAAUCAUCUGGCAGCAGUGCUAAAUCGCUUUGUCCAAGGAACCCAGCUUCAUAUAAAUAACAAGGGCUGUUGCUAUUCCAUCCGUGUUGGUCACACUGACAUGAAGGUUGGUGAUAUUGUUGAGAAUGCUGUUGCUGUUGCAAAAGUCCUUGCAGAGAAACUGCCGAUGAAAUGGAAGAAUGUUAAAAUACUUCACUUAAAAACUCAGACAUCCGUGUCCCUGCCCAUCUUUAAUUCUUCUCCCGCUAAUCUUCACGAGCUCAACCUCUCAUUAAAAAAAACAAAGAAUAAAAAAGAAAAAACAAACAAGGAAAAGAAAGCUAAUAAAAAAGCCAAGUCAAAAUCACCAGACUCUGGGGUAACAUCUGAUGCAACUAUUCUGGAUGAAGGCAAAUCCUCUUCCGCAGAAAAGAGUGAGCCUGAUGAUGUGGAGGAAAAGAUUCCAAAGUUAGCCCCUAUCCAGCUGCCUACAAAGGAAGAAGAAAUAAAGACAAUCCGCACCAGCAAAAAGAGACCAUCCAAAGUGGAAGCAAAGGAAGAAAUACAUGAAAUGACCAAGAAAAAUGUUAGCUCAACACCAAAGGCUGGUGGACAGAAGCGCAAAGUCAGUACAAAAAAAGAAGUUGACGUUUUGGAAACACCAACUAAGCAGAAAAGGCUCAAAACGCCCAAAAAAAACAUAGGACAAGUGACAAAGCCUGAAAAAGAUGACAUUAAAAAGACUCCUAAAGCAGCUUUGAAGCCUAUAAUUAAACUCUCCAAGUCGGCCAAAAAGGCUCCCCAGACACCGAAACUAAAACCGAAGAAGAAAAUGAAGGUACCACAGUCUGCUUAACAAUCUCCUACAAUACUGGCUCCAUGGUUCUCCACUAAAGAAAGCGCCAUUGCUCCAGCUGUUGCCUAACUGCUUCUGUUGUGAUGGGAGAUGUGGUUCAUCUCUUAAAACAUUGAAGACUGCCUCUCUGGACCAUUAUUAAUAAACAGCUUAUUUCUGUUUUUUUUUUAUCUUUGAUAAAAUGAAUUAAUUUUAUAAAUGAAUAUAAAACAAAUGUUGUACUCUUCAUGCUGUAUUGAGAGACGCAUUUUGCGUGAAACCUGCAAUCUGACUUGUGACAACGUUUUGCCUGUAUAGUUAUAUAAAUAACUGCUAUUAAUCUUU